GCGAAUACCACGCACUAAGACAGUGACGCGUUGACACAAAACCGAAACGGUAAAAAGAGGCGGACUCAAAAAGCAUAUCGCCGCCACGCUGUUCAGACCCUGAAACUAGACACAGCCAGCACAUCUUACAAGCCAACCAUCCCACCAAACAUGCCGAGUGAAACAGAGAAUACGAAAGAGAGGACAUCAAAUUUCGGUAUCGACGCAAAUAAUGCGGCCAAGACAUAUCUAAGUUUUCUGCAGAAUGAGGUCCAGAGACUGAAGGAUGAAGAAGAUCGAGAUCGGUGGAUUCUAGAAUUGAUGGAACAAAAUGAGUCACUUGAGAAGGAAGUACAACGACUGGAAGAACAGAUCAAGAAGCUGAGGCAAGAUAAGGAAGAGGAAGCCGAGAAAUAAGUGGCUGUAUUAGAAGGAAUUACUGUUGGGUUAGGCAUGUCACUUUGGCAAUUUAUCACAAUCGUACAAUAUUACAAUCCUGCAGGCUCAGGGGCAAUUUUGCUGAC